UCCAUCUCGGUCGAAAGAGAAGCACAUGUUCCGUGCGGCAAGUGAGCGCUCGUAAAUUCUGGUUUUCCGGGAUAAGUAAUGCGCCCGCAGUGAGUCUGCGAGAACUAGGCAUCAGGACACGCACCGACUCGCACAAUUCGGGAGGUUACGUGACAUGAAAUAGUCGCAUCAGCUCGAGAUUUCGCUGGAAUCCUUCGGCCGAGGAAAAUGGCUGACCGCGACAGCGCGUCCGAGAGCGACUCGAGCUCGAUCGACGGAGGCCCGAUCAUGAUGCCACCCUCGCCGGUUACGAGGGAGCAACUUCAGAAGAGGAUCGAGUCUCUGCAGCAGCAGAACCGCGUCCUCAAGGUCGAGUUGGAGACCUACAAGCUGCGCGUCAAGGCUCUGCAGGAAGAGAACCGCGGACUUCGCCAAGCCUCUGUCAUCAUUCAAGCAAAGGCUGAACAAGAAGAGGAGUACAUCAGUAACACGCUGCUGAAAAAGAUUCAGGCUCUGAAAAAGGAGAAAGAAACGUUAGCUCACCAUUACGAACAAGAAGAGGAAUGCCUAACGAACGACUUAUCCCGCAAGCUGAAUCAGUUACGUCAAGAGAAAUGUCGUUUGGAGCAGACACUGGAGCAAGAACAAGAGUGCCUGGUGAACAAGCUGAUGCGAAAAAUCGAGAAACUCGAAGCAGAAACUUUAGCGAAGCAGAGCAACUUGGAGCAGUUGCGCAGAGAGAAAGUAGAGUUGGAGAAUACUCUCGAGCAGGAACAAGAGGCAUUGGUUAACAAAUUAUGGAAAAGAAUGGAUAAAUUGGAAGCUGAGAAGAGAAUGCUUCAAAUUAAGCUCGACCAGCCCGUAUCCGAUCCUACUUCUCCACGAGAGAUCAACAAUGGAGAUACUGCCACCAACUUAAGUACGCACAUUCAGACUCUGCGAAGCGAAGUGGCAAGAUUGAGGCAUACUUUGCUUAUCUCGCAGCAAGAACAUACUGAGAAGAUGCAGCGGUAUGUAAACGAGGAGAAGCACAUUCGCGAAGAGAAUUUGAGACUUCAGAGAAAGUUGCAGCUCGAGGUGGAACGACGCGAGGCACUCUGUCGACAUCUUUCGGAAUCAGAAUCCAGCCUAGAAAUGGAGGAAGAACGUCAUUACAACGAGAUCGUAAUGUCCGGCGGCAACAUACGAAACCGCACCGUUUCCAGUCCGGUGCCUUACAACCCGUCACCCAGUUCUUCCAGACCUCUCAGUCCAGGCAUAAAUAUAGUCGGUUCGACAUCACGCGAGAACUUCAACGCCAAUCGAUGUUACGCUUGCGGUCAACUGAUAACGCUGCCAUUUUCCGGCUCGUCGCCUCCAUCAGGAGGUCACGUCGUGGCGGCCUCGGGCAGGCGCACGUCCGACAGAUUCGUCAAGCCGGCGAUUCCGCCGACCAUUGUCAGCCCCGGGCCAACCUUGCAAAACACCUCGGCAAACACCGGCGGCUCGCCCAUGGACAUCACCAAGGCGUAAUCACGAGGCGAACGCGAUCAACUACGUCAGGCCCCGUUUCGUUGUUUUCGAUUGCGAACGGCCGCCCGGGCCGCGCUUGCUCUCAUCGAUCCUCGACCGAGACGCCGGCUGAGAGAGCGUGGCCGCGUCGACCUUCGCGUAUCGUUUCUCCCCCCGUUUUUACUUUUCUUUCUUCUUCCGAUGGUGCCUCGCAAAACUUGCGUCGAGGUGGUACGUCUCCCUUGCGUUUCGAGAAAAAGGGACGAAAAAUGAAGAUAAAAACGAAAACGGAAAAAGAAGAAAAAGAGAAAAAGAAUUAAGUGCACGCAAAGCACGUUGCGUCGAUUCGCCGGUGACGCGGCGUCAAGCAGUAUUUACGAGAACGUCUAAAUUUCCUCGGAAUCCGUUCCCUUUUUUUUUUUUUCUCGGUCGUUCGUUUCCUCGUUUCGUUGGUCGUCUAUUUGGAAUUAGAUAUUAGCGGGAAGGAGAAGGCACCUCUAGAAUUCGUAAUUCGUGUUCGCUCUUCGGCUCCGCCGAGCCUCGUUCGGAGAGAUCCUCGGCGAGCGGAGAGACGACGUUGCGUUGCAUUUCUCAUUUUAUCCUAACCGUAGUUGUACGUUUUGAUAGUGAUAUUCUCUCGUUGGAAGGGGGCCGCUUCGCAUUCCUCGUUAAUCCGCCCUAAUCGGGAGCGCGUAGAAGCGGGGCUGUGUCCGUUUAUCUUUUUUUACCAUUUUUUUUUUCUUUUUUAAUGCCCGGGUGAUGGUUACUCGACUUAUCGAUCCGAGGGUUCUUUUCGUUGCGAGAGGGGGAGGUGUAUUGUUGGGAAUUCAUUGCAUUUUACUCCGUGCAGUUAUUCGUUGUUGGUAGGGGAGAAUUUUCGAAGCUCUCGGAAGAGCUUUUGCGUGGUCGUGUCUCGCACGCGGACCUGGGUACCUACUUGGAGUAGCUUUUGUGCACGAGUCAAGACGUUAAUCGACCGUUCGACGCUUCGUUGGUCGUUGAUCGAGGACGGAGCGUCUUCGGGGAUAUUUUAACGAAGGGAGAUCGGUUCGUGUGAAACUAUUUCAAAUAGAUACCCGGGGGUUGGGAGAUGUCCUGGUCGAUCCAUCCAGUUGGCCCACUCAGUAUACGAGAUCGAUAAAAUUCUGCACGCGAAAUGACUUUACGUCACGUUUGAUACGCUUUAAAAAAGAAAAAGAAAAAGGACUCUUAGCGUCGGAACGCCCGAGCCCAGCCCUCGGGGCCCGAGGAGCGAGACACGGUGUUUAAGGACUAAUAAACGAUUCGUGAUAUCCGCUUAAUCGUUACGGGAAGGGAACUAGGCGAAUUCGCGGUUCGGGGGGCGAGCGGGAGCUCGCUAAAAAAAAAAAAAGUGGGAUGAAGGCGGAAUUAUUGUAACACGUCGCGUUUAACCUCGCAGCCGACUUUCGGUAUUUCUCGAGCGAAGUCGAUACAUACGAUUAUACAUAUAUAUAAAUAUAUAUUUACGGCGACAGACCUGGGGAUGUAAUUGGAAUAAUUUCCCUCGGAGGAACCUCUCGAUCGACGAUCGUUGGCCUCGGCCGAGAAACGUCUUCGCUCGAUUCUGCAUCCGGUCGAUUUCUGCAACCUUCGUCGAUUAUUGUGCAUUAGCCGUUUAAUAUUCGUUGGACGCGAGUACUUGUCGGGCAAGAUCGAGGUUUAAUUAUUCGAGGUAUAUAGCCAGGUCUGCAUGGCGGCGCCGUUUCGCAAAGGGAGCUCGCGCGUCGACGCCAGGUCGGCCUUUGGCUCGGUGUCCUACAAUUACUAUAAAGAAAGACGACAGAGAGAAAGGGGAGGGAUAAAAGUAACAAGUAUCGGUGUGUCGCUUGCGCCUUCCAUAUAUUAUUCUAACGUUAAACAUUGAGUACGGUAAAGAGGAGCACGUCGAUGCUCCGACUUGGAGAGCGAAAACGCAACGUGUCACCGUUAUCGAUAAUUUAUGUUCGAGUCCAGUUCGUCCGUGUCCUUUCGACGUUCGAAUAUGUAGUUUUCCACGUCUGGAAUAAUUUCCAUCAUCGAAAGAAAGAGAGAAAGGGGCAGGCCCGACGUGCUACUAUUUACCGUAUCUUCGACUACUUGGUAACGAUAUAACGAAAUACAUAUGAAUACAUGAAAUAUAUAUAUAUAUAUUAAAACACUUUGGAUGUUAGGUUAAAAAUAUAUAUAUAUAUUUUUUUCUUUCUUGUUUCGAAGGGUCGCCUAAUUAGUGUGGUUAGUCGUGAGGUAGAGUCGCAUCAAGGUGGGAGCAACGUCGAGAGUUCUAGGUGCAGCGGAGCCUACACCUCCGCACCGUCGACCAUCUCCGAAAGCGCGCAAAGCUUUAUUUUCUAACGGCGAAUUCUAGCGACGGCUUCGCGCCGUUUAACGAUCCUUUCACGUGGAACCCCACGUCACGGUGUAACGUAUCAACGGACGCUUCUUCGCCGGUCUAAAAGCGCGCAAAAUCGGGACUCCCGCUCGGAGGGAUCUCCCGUUCUUGGACGAUUCCGUGUUCCGAGGUUUUCUGUAAAACCACCCCGUGGAACCUGUGAAAACGUAAGAAUUUCUGGAAUGACCUAAGGGACGCGUUAGGAAAUUUUCGUAUAGGGAAUAUUGCGAGGCGUACUAUAGGUGAUCGACCGUUCCUGAGGGAACGGCGAGAUAUCCACACUGCCGGGUAGUCGUUUCCCAGGUUUUCAGUUUCUUCGUAUUUACCUGGGAUUUUUAACAGGGGAAAGCGUGCCGGUCUCUCUAUUUCACUUGUACUAUGACGAUUUUGUAUGGGAAUACUUGGGUAAUUUCUCCGUUUUCGGUAAUCCGGAUCGGUGGUAGUAGUCGGUAUCGAUGUAGCCUCAAUGUGCAUGGGAUGAGAGAGUAUACCGGGGAACAAGCCAUAGCUACUAGAUGUGUUAAGGUGUCGUUUAAUGUCUGUAAUCGUCACGGUAACGAUGUAACGGUGAACUGCAGAAAUUGGAUAUGUAAUUCUUAACGAUUAGUCCAGAAUUACCCCCUGAGAGGCAUCGAGCUUUCCCGUUCUUCGAGUCUUUGGGGGGCUCGAAUUUUCUGCAUCGGUUACUCCGCGAAGGCCUUUUUAUCGUUCGACGACGGGCACGAGAUUGGAGUAACGGAAAAUAUCGGACUAGGAAAUUAUACGACGACCAGGCCUUCUUCUUUUUGGAUGUCUCGGUCCCUUCAAAUUGUUCUCGCGUAGCUACUUUCGGAGUCGUGACGUCAGUAGCUCGACCGUAAUUUUCAGAAGUGUCUUUUGACAUAGAUGGUACAUGCUGCGGAUGGUUCUAGCGUUUAGCUCCGAUUGAACUUUAUGUCGUUCAGCAAAGGGUCGUUGCGAAGGGGUACAGGGCGAAGGCCGGUGGUGUAAGACGCGUUCAUGCAAGUAACGACAACGCUUGUAGUCUGUUGACACGUCCGAGCAUCGUUUAGAGUAUCGGGGAAAGACUUGCAUCCCGCGUGCCUCGAUUCUUUUUGUUAUACAAGGACACGGAUAUGUCCGACUUUGCGCGGUACGUAAUUCCCGGGUAAGCGUUGUAUUAUGUUGUACGGAUACUCCGCGCGCGCGGAGGCACGACAAAAGGACACGCGCGAUACGAGUUUUGUUGAGCCGUCUAAGUGAUUACUUAUUAACAAUUAUAAUUAUUAUAUGCAAAUACGUUUCUCAAUUACAUAUGAUGUAUUUUACUCGUGCUUUUGACGCAAUACACACCCAUUCUUUUGCUACUA